AUGGCGGCAAACUGGGACCGCCGCCUCAGUCCUCACCCGCCUCAGUCCCCGUCUAACCUUCAACAAACCGCCGCGACCCCGACAUUAAUCAUCCGCAGGCAGCGUCGUCUCUGCGCUCCCCCGACACGCCUCAGAGGGAGCGACCUGUCGUACCUGUCGUACCUCUCCUACCUGUCCUCCCUCUCCGCUCCUCCCUCCUGGGAUCUCGCCUCUUUUUCAGCCGUUAACACGAACCUCCUUCUCCUCGUCCUUCAGGACACCUCCCCGUCUCUCUGUCCUCGUGACCUCACCCGUCCCGUCUCGUUAAGGUUGUCACAUGACCCCUUUUUGCAUGGACCUCACGCAUAUUCAGGCGCGUUUACCUGCCUUAACCUGAGCGCUGCUCGGCUAUCGACGGUCGGUGUGAGGCGUUCAGACUAG